UGUAAGUGAAUGUAUUUACUUGAUUUUGAAUAACAGGUUACUGCAUCCAUCGUUGCCAUAGUAAGUAACAUCGCUGAUGUUGACACAGAAACACUUGAAUCAGCAUCAGCCUCUGUUAGUGAUGUCGUUAAAGUAUUUGAGCAGCAGAUCAAAAGUGUACCUGUAGAGGACGGUGAAAAUUUUAGCUUUCAACAACCAAAUAUUGCCGUGCAGGUCCAAAGCGUACCUACCGAUGUCAUCUCAAAUGGUCUAGUCCUCUCGUUAGUAGGAGACAGCAAUUCUGGUCUGACGAAAUUUGACACCAACAUCCAAACUUCAAAUGAAAAUCAAGCUGAAGCUACAAAACCAGAUACCAUUGCUGUUGUCAACAUACCAUCUGCGAUUUCUUCCGCUUUACCGUUGAUAUCUGGAGGAAGUUCUAAUACUAACGGCUUUGUUCGCGUGAUUUUCAGUGUCUUUUCCACACCAGCCCUUUUCAUUUCUAAAUCAUUGAAGAACACAAGUGUAGGAACCAACCGAUCUGCUAAAACACCUGUUAUAUCACUGAGUAUCGGGGACGAGAAAAUAGAAGAUCUGACAGAACCCAUCAAUUUCACUUUUACCCCGAUAGAGACUGAUCUGACGAACCCGUCGUGUUCAUACUGGGAUAUUGGCUUUAGCGACUGGUCUCAAGAAGGGUGUCAGCUUCUUUCAUCAUCUGGCAUUAGCUCAUCAAAUGAUAACAACUGGGAUCCUCCAUCUGAUGAGAAGGAGGAGAUCGUUUGUGGAUGUAACCAUCUCACCAACUUUGCCGUCCUUAUGGAUAUUUCCAGGGAGGAUGGGUCUUCUGAGCAGGCAUACGAAGUUCUAACGUACAUAGGAUGUGGUAUUUCAGUAGUAUGCCUACUUGUCACCCUCGCAACAUAUAUAUCAAACAGAGUUCUGAGGGGAAAACAGACCAACCAGAUCUUCAUUUGCCUGUGCCUGACGUUACUCUGUCUCUACCUAUCGUUCAUUGUCAUGAUGUCACUGGACAGCGCCAAACGUCAAUACCAAGUAAAGGCAGGUCCAUGCGGGUUCAUUACGGCGCUCGUUCACUACUUCGUUCUAUCUUCGCUCACUUGGAUGGGUGUGGAGGGAUACAAUACUUAUCUCAUCAUCGUCAAGAUCUUUGAUACCUACAUUCCACGGUUCAUGGUCAAAGCUGGUGCCGUUGCUUGGGGUAUUCCUGCAAUGAUUGUCAUUGUAACUGGAGCCAUUGCCAAAGACAAAUAUGCGCACGGAGAUAUAUGUUUUCUCCAAUUGUGGGCUCAAAUCGGUGGUCUCCUUAUUCCCAUGACAAUCAUUCUCCUGUUCAACGUCGUCAUCUUUGCCCUCGUCGUCCGUCAACUAAUGAAGUCUUCUAAUCUCGCUGGUCGGGUCAAGAGAGAGGCCAAGGUGGAACGUAGAGAGAACAUCGAACGGGUUCAAAAUGCAAUCUGUAUCCUCCUUCUGAUUGGUCUUACAUGGAUCACUGGAUACUUUCUGAUGAUCCGAGAAUUCAGUCAGGUGGUUGAGCCUAUCUUCAUUAUACUGAACUCAUUUCAAGGACUCUUCAUUUUCCUGCUCUACUGUGUUCGUAAACCAAUGGUUCGUAAGCAGUGGGGACUGACCUGUCUUGAUAGCGUCAAGAGACAAGAAGAUGCUACCACAUCGAAUAUCACACAUAGCCCUGAAUCUAUGUCCCUAUCAGCAGCAACUACUUUGGGCACGAAGCCGCAAGAGAAGAACAACGAGAGAAGUGUAAUGCUUUGAGUUUUAUGACCAUUAGACCUUAUGUAAUGCUUUGCUUUUUCGUCAACCGAAGACUCUCGAGUAUUCUCCGAGAGAUUAGGGGGAAUUCUUGACUGGCCAACGGGUUUCCACCAAGUCUGGAGUCAGCGAAUUGUGGCCUUCUGCACAUGGAAACUGACGAGUGACUCCCUUUAAUGAUUAUCCUACCAGCCCUAUUUUGAAGUAUUUGAAGUUAGUCCAAAUAGUUUUUUGUGAGGAUUGCCAUAUAAUGCCAGCAUAAUCAAAAUGAGGAAUGACUAUUGAUUGAUAAAUUAGAUUGAGAAAAGAUUCAUUUAAAAUGUGUCUCAGCCUUCCCAAAAAGCUCACCAUCUUUCUUAUUUUCUUAAUUAAUUCACAUAAAUGUGAGUCCCAUGAGUAGAAGUACUUGCCUUUUAUGAGGAUUUUUCCUACGUCUGCUCAUUUCAAUUAGAUUUGUGUAUUUGUAUCUCACUUCAUAGGUUGUGCAAUUUUAAUUGUUGCGUCAUUUUUGUUAUAAAAAAUGAAAUACAAUGCACUUGGAAAAAAGAUAUAUAAAUAUAAAUCAUUCUCCCAAUAUUCUCACCAUGUACAAACGUGUGUAAAUUGCUUUAGUUACCAUUUGGACUCAAUAUAGGUCGGGCUAUCAAUAUAGCUGUACAAUUUCCUUUUAUAAUUUGCUAUUGGGAGAAAAAAAAACUUCCAUGAAUACAACCGAAUUUGUGAAUCUUACGCUCGGAUACAAAAAUGGCCAACAUUUAUAUAUUUCAUUAUGGACUUCAGAUAGCAACAAACAGAGUUGACAACA